AUGUCGCAAGCCCAGAGCCAAGCAGCUACCCUGUCCAGGCUCCCCAACGAACUGCUAAUUCCCAUUGUGCAAGAAUCGGUCAAGAUCGAGGUCAUUCCUGAUUCCAAGCACUCCAAAAUAUCCUCCUUUAAGCAAUAUGAUUCUCCCACUGCGGCAGCACUGGCCCUCACCAGCCGACACUUCCAUCAACUCGCCACGCCGCUCCUCUACUCCGAAAUCGAAAUCCAGUGCAAUGGUGCCUGCCGAAACAAGUUCAAGGAAAUCUGGAUAACCAGGCACCUGCAUCGCACAUUUCGCGAGAACCCCUCACUACAGAAACACUGCAAGAGACUUGAGAUUGAGUUUGGGAGCUCUCAAGAAACCUUCAUGGGAGAUAGACCGACACGCGGCACAAACCUCUUUGGGAUUGCUUUCGAUUUUCUCAAGUGGCUCACCAACAUUGAAGAGCUUCGCAUUGCUGGGUGGCCACAGUACCCGUACCUCUGGGGGGAUCAGAGCGCUUUGCCUUCUAUCAGGGGUGAUUAUCUUCAACUUCUGUCCCUAGCGUCAGAACAUCUGACCAGUCUACGACACUUGGAGCUGGCCACGCACAGUUUUGCAACUCUAGAUCUGCCGGCCCUGUCCACCGCGCUUGGUGGGCUGGAUAUCAGCGCAUGUCUUCGGACACUUGACAUCAGUGGGAUCUCCAACUUUGGGACUGUGCGGGACUGGGAGCUGCUAAAGACUCGAGCAGGCACCGCGUCGUUCACCAAGCUUAAACUAAGAUACUUCGAUGCGGGACCAUCAGCACUCGAGGCGCUCGUAAUGUGGCCAGCCAAGUUGACAUCAUUUCAGUUUACAAUACCUCUAUUUAGCCGCUUUUCGUUUCCACAUACCGUGGCGGUCUACAACUUGGGCGUAUUGCAGUCCAUCCUAUCCCACCAUAAAGAUUCACUUACCUUUAUAAGGAUGGGCCAAAUCAGGGAUCGGGGGCUUAAAAACUUCAAUAUGACUGAAUUUCGCAAUUUAAAGGUGCUAUGGCUGGCGCAUAACUUAACUGGGACCGAUCCCGAGUUCGUUGCCAACCUCCUUGCACCCAACUUAGAGGUGUUCCAUUGGAACCUAAUGCCUGAAGAUCAGAGAGACAGAGAGAGUCUUGAUGCGUUCGAAAAGCGUGAGGAAGACUGGCUCAGGGCGUUCGCAGCCGCCGCCAUCGCGAGCAAUUCGACUCUCCGCCAUAUCAACAUCAGAUUUUCCCCCGAAGACUACAUCGAGGUUGAAGACACAUGGGGUCUUGAGUACCCCUGGGAUCGGAUGGACAGAAUUGCGAGCGAGAUUCAACCUCACGGGAUUCAUUUGUCGUAUAGCCCCAUCGAAGUUAGCAGGAACAGGUUCAAUGCCCUGGUCAAAUAUCCCAAACAUCUCAACGGUUCAUGGCAGCUUAAAGAGUUGCGACUAUCAGAUGGGUAUUCACCACCACCGCCGCGAGGUGAUGCUCCUUCAACAGGGGCUAGGAGAAGCUCCUCCUAA